GAGGUGAGGAAGGGAGGAGGUGAGGGUGGAAGGGAGGAGGUGAGGAAGGAAGGGAGGAGGGGCUUUAAACUGCAGAAGUUAAAUUUCAGCACUUCUUCGUCGUGUUCGUUUCUCAUCGCAGGAUUUAAGGACUAAAGACUUCUUCUCAAAGGAAGCAGAUCCUCAGUCAUGGCAGUUGCGGGGGGAAUGAAAUGUGUCAAGUACCUGCUUUUCUUUUUCAACUUCAUCUUCUGGUUAUGUGGCCUGGCAUUGAUUGUCGUGGGAAUCCUGGUUCAGGUGGGUUUACACAGAAGCUUGAAGAUCAAGGAUGCGUCAGCCUCAGGAGUUCCCAUCGUCAUCAUCGGAGUCGGUGUGGUGAUCUUCUUCAUCGCCUUCUUCGGCUGCUGCGGUGCCUGGAAAGAGAACUACUGCAUGGUCACCACGUUUGCCGUCCUUCUCUUCCUGAUCAUUCUUGUGGAGAUUGCAGCUGCGAUCGCUGGAUACAUCUUCAGAAACAAACUCAAAGACAUCGUCCAGGACAGCCUCACUGACAUGAUUUCCGGUUACAAGAACGGCACCGCUGAGUUCAAGACCACCUUGGACAAACUGCAGGAGGACUUCAAAUGCUGUGGUGUGAACAGUAGCGCUGACUGGAGAGACUUCGGACCUGAUGGAAAAACUGUGCCUGACUCCUGCUGUGUGACCGUCACCGCCAAAUGUGGAGUCGGCAACAUGACGGACGCUGCCAAAGUGCACCAGCAGGGUUGUCAUGAUGCUCUGGAGAACUCCCUGAAGAAGAACCUCCUGUGGGUGAUCGUGGCAGCUCUGGUUAUCGCCGUCCUGCAGAUUAUGGGCCUGGUGUUCGCCUGCUUGCUGAUGAGAGGAAUCCGCAGCGGCUACGAAGUCAUGUGAUUCAGCUUCACACCUGAGGAGUCGGCGUCGGUUCAGGUCGCACUUAUUGGGAGCUUCAUUUGGAAAACUUUUCAUCUUACACUUAAAGAUAUAAGGCACAGAACAAUAUAUAUUUUCUCUUGUAUUGAUUUUGGAUUCUAUUUUCAUAGGUUAAUAUCUCAGCUUUGAUACUGAACGUGCUUAGGAAACGAUAGAACUGAUUAAUGUCCACUUGUUCUGGUUGGUUGUGAGGAAUUCUAACACGGUUUAUUUCUUCUGUUAACGGACUGAAGAUCUGGUUUUAUGUUUUGCUGGUUUCUGAUUUUAUGUUUUGCUGGUUUCUGUUUUUAUUAAAGACUCUUUAAAUUA